AUGUCCAGCAGAGAGGGCGAGAAUUACUUUGAAACGUUGGGCGUCGCACCCAACGCGUCUCCCAAGGUCGUCGCCGGUGCCUAUCGCAAACUGUCUCUCCAGUAUCACCCGGACAAAAACCCGCAUCCAGACGCGAAGGAAAUCUUUGAAAAAAUCCGACAGGCGCAAGAAGUGCUGGGGAACGAGAAGCGGCGGAACUCGUACUGCCGAUUUGGAGACUACAGCAAAGACGGAGACGUCGACGAAGAACAGUUCUACGACAUUCUCUUCGUCGCGGUUCUCCAGCUGUUGGUGCCGUUCCUCUUCGCCUACUUGUACACUUACGGAGACGACGCUGCCCAAUCGAGAAAAAUCUUUGGUUGUUACGUCUCGAUGAAUUUCGCGCUUGAACUUCUGCUGCGCUUCGACGCGACGUCUCUGGAGAUCCUCUCCUUCGUCCCCGUCGUCGGCGACCUGCUUCCCUUUGAAAAAGUUCGCAUUCUCCACGCGUGGAUGCCGGUCGUCCUCAACGGGCUCCUCUUGCUCGGCUCCGAGCUGGCUGACGUCGAAGACGAUCUUCUCGACGAGACGACUCGCCGCGUCCUCGAUUCGAACCUCGACGCCCUCGCCGGCAUGGAGAAAUUCCUGCAUGCAGCCGAGAUGCACAUCCUGAAGUGCGGAAAGCUCGAGAUCGAGACAAAGUGGGUAAAGACGGAGUCAGCCGCAAAAGCCCCCGUCAGCCAAGAAGACGCUCGACUCCUGUCGACUCUCGCCUCUGCGACCGCGUUGGGCUCUGCUGUCUCUUCGGGCGCGGCCGCGCAGGCCGAGGGCAAUCAGGGCAAAGAGAAGGCGAGAAGCGCGGACGAAAUUCGUAGUCGCCUCAGCGCUCUCGGAUACACCGAGGUGCGCCAGUACGUGAAGCCUUGGAGGUUGAACCCGGCCGUCAUAUCCGAGGACUCGCCCGACUUGUGGGGCGAAGUGAUGAAGCAGGAAGUGAAAAACUGGCCGGAAGAUUUGACCAUGGAGGAUCUCGCGACUCGCGAAGGGUGCACGGAGCGUGGCUGGGACCGUCACAACGAGGCGAUCGCGAAGCUCCUCGAUGAGACGGACGAAGAAGAGGAGACGAAACGCGGUAUCUCCUUGGGGACGAUAAUCUUCUUCGGCUCUCUCUUUCUCCGCUGGUACACAGGCUCGAGUCAGUGGUCGUUUCGCUGGCUCUUUUUCCCGUCCAUCUUUGUACAUCCUCGACUGACAGGCGCUCUCGAUCUUCACAACUUCACAGUGAAAAUGCAAGACCUCGACGCUUGCCCUCUCCUCUCUUUCUCCUCGAUCCUCCGUCUCUCUCUCCUGUUCCUCUCCUUCUCUCCUCUCGCUUCUUCCUCGUCUUCGCGCUUUCCCGGCAAACCUUUUAGGAUUGCGUGGAUAUCCGAUCUUCACCUUGAUCCUCUGUACUCCCCUGACGCACACAUCAAAGACUGCUGCCGUCUCUCUCCUUCCUCUCCUGCCUCUCCUUCUUCUCCUCCCCCUCCUGUCUCUCCUUCUUCUCCUCCCCCUCCUGUCUCUCCUUCUUCUCCUCCCCCUCCUGUCUCUCCUUCUUCUCCUCCCCCUCCUUCCUCUCCUUCUUCUCCUUCUUCUUCUCCCCCUCCUUCCUCUCCUUCUUCUCCUUCUUCUUCUCCCCCUCCUUCUCCUUCCUCUCUGGCUGCCUUUGUCUCUGCACGAGCGUCUAGGGAGAGAAGUGGGGAGUCUCCAAAGUUGGGGAAAGAUCGCGCGAGUCUUUUGCGGGGGAACGCCCAGCGCGCAGAUGCUGGAGAGGCUUCGCGAGCUUUUCCCGAGCAGAGGGAAAAGAUGCGCGGCGAACAGAGCGGGUGGAGUGGGGAGGAGACGAACCCGAAUAUAGGGCGGGCAGGCUGUGAUUCCUCGCCGCUCCUCUUUCAGUUGCUGCUUGACAGCGUCGAGGAAGAAAUUCGUGGCCACAGGCAGAGGGCGAAGAAGCGAGAGAAAAAACAGCCGGAGAUGGAAGCGACUGGAGCACGCGAAAGAGAAUUAUCCGAAGUCGAGGAAGGGUACAGAAAACGCGCAGACCACGAAGGACGAUCAGAAAGAGGUGAAGAAACCGUCCGAGAUAUCCCCAUAGAGGCGCUCCUUAUCAGUGGAGACUUCGCUGCGCACUACGACGACUCAGAACCCGAAAAACGCAUGGCGGCUCUAAAGCUCUCGACAGAGGUUCUCUUCUCCCGCUUUGCUUCUUCCGCCUCGACCACUGGCCAAUCCUACUUUGUUUCUCCGUCUUCUUCUUCCUCUCUCUCUCCUUCUCCCUCUUCUCCUUCUUCUUCCUCUCCUCCUUCUUCUCCUUCUUCUUCCUCUCCUCCUUCUUCUCCUUCUUCUUCCUCUCCUUCUCCUUGGGCUUUUGUGCCUUCGCGGGGAUCGUCGACGCUUGUUGUCUCUGGAGAAGAACUGUCGGAGAAAGGCGCUGAGAGGGUCAGUGCACACGCGAGAGAGCGACAUGUGAAGACGAGCGAGGACAACGAAGACAGGAAAACGCGACUCGGAGCUCGGCGAAGAAAAGGCCUGCACGGCGACGCGGAAGAGGCAGGCGCGGCACCUUCGCCAACGCCUCAGAUGAUUUUUGUCGUGGGAAACAACGAUCUUCCACGCGACUAUCACGUUCCAGAAACACUCAACAAAUGGAGCGUCGCUCUCUACAAACUCUGGCGGCCCAUCUUACCGCCUGAUCCCGAAACCAAAGAGACUUUUGAGCGCGGGCUCUUCUACAGGACGCACCUGACGGCCCGCCCGUCCGUUCGCGUGCUGUGUCUGAACACGGUUUUCUACUCUCGCUUUGCGUGGGAGAAGGCGACGGAGGCUCUGAUUCGCUCCGGCCAGACUCACGAGAAGCUCGACGAAACAGACCUGCUCGAGGGCUCGGACCCCGCGGGGCAAUUCGCGUGGAUGCAGAAAGAGCUGGAGGACGCGCGCGACAACCAGGAACAGGUGCUUCUGGUUGGGCACGUGCCGCCGGGCGUCUCCGUCCACUUUUGGACGCUGUUGGAGCAUGUACAGCAGUGGAGAGAUGAGUAUCUCGAGAGGUACCGAACACUUGUGCUGCGCUACUCGGAUGUGAUUCUUGCUCAUCUCUACGGGCACGUGCAUGCCGACACGGUUCGCGUCAUCGCUCCUGCGCACCCCUCUAUUUCCGCUUCUUCCGCAUCUCUUUCUUCCCUCGAUUCUUCUCUUCGUUCUGCGUCUUCUUCUGCUGCAAACGACCCAGCCGAGCACCUCUGCGAGCGAGCGCUGGGCGUAACUGAGCAGCUCCAGCCGCUCUUGACGGCGCCGGCGGUUUCGCCGGUGCACGGGAACAACCCCGCGUGGAGAAUUCUCCUUUUUCGCGACGCGGGUCUCAAAGACAAAACGAAGGCUCUCAGUCCGCCUACCUUUUCUCUCGUAGACUACACCCAGCUGUACCUUCCGCUCUACGGCUUCAUUCCCGCGCCUGUCUCGCGCACCUCGCCGUCCAGGCUGCCUGCGCUCGCUCCCCUUCCGCUCCGUGCGUCUCCCGCGCUCUCUGCUGAGUCUUCCGCGAGACAGGCCGAGGAUGGCCGGUCUCUUGCGCUCUCCUUCCAAGAGGAAUACACCUUCUCGUCCACCUAUGGCCUGCCGUGCAUCUCUGGACCCGCGCUGGCCCGUCUGAUUCGCCUUUUCGCAGUCUCGCCCUUUUUGUUUGGUCUCUACAGCUGGCAUGCAGAAUCGGGGGGGAAGGAAGUGACCAAUCGCCUCCGCGUGUGCGAAGGCGUGGUGAACACGCGUCUCGAGUACCUGCGCUGCUUACACGGAGGCGCGCGCCUGUGA